AUGAUGGCCUUGUUUGAUAUCAGAACGAAAUUUGUUGUCAAAAAAAGUACAAAUAUCCGAAAAAUAUAUUGUCCUCAGCUGAUGGUAUUGGAUGUUAGUAGCGAAGCAGUCUAUGAUGAGUGCAAACAGAAAAUGCGGUUAGCAGUGCACAAUAAGCGGUGCGAUAUAAGUAUUGCUUCAUCAUUACUAACCAACAAAGCUCAAUUUACUGCCUCUCUAAUUCAUCAUUUCCCGCGAUGUGGUGGAAGAGCAUCAUAUGGUGAUGUUAUUCUGGAAUAUACUCCUCAGUUACCUGCACCUGAUACAAUGAGGAUUCGCCUGUAUAUUGCUUAUCCAAAGGACAAAAAGGAGUGGUAUAAUGAAUCAUGUUUGCAACGUGCAGGACUGAUUGCAUUAAUGGUUCAAACGUUUAUAGCUGUCGAGUUAAGCAUUUUUAAUGGAAACAAUCCAAAUGAUCUCCGACCGCUUAUUCCUCACUUUGAUGUAAUGUGGUCGAACCAGCAGGCAGGACCGAACCUGACCGAGAUGACGCCGUCUAUAGCACUUUUGGAACUAGACAAAACGGCUGCGGAAUUAGCUCAUGAACGUUGCCUUGCGCGUUAUAUCCGUAGUCGUCUUUCUUUUCUUAAAGAAUUGAAUUCGAAUGAAUUAUUGCAUUUGGUUUUUCUUCUUUGCCCACACGAUGCCGAAGAAUAUGGAGAGGAAAAACUGGAGACCUACUUGGAUGUUACUGUCAUUAAAUCUCCUGCGUUUUAUCUUCUUCCCACAGUCGCUUCUGAAGUACAUCGGUUUUUACGAGAUGUAAAUAUUGCAUGCUUUCCUUCAAAGAAUCAGCAACUUCGAGUUGUGGGUUGGGUAAAUAACUCCUAUACUCUGCGAUUUACAAAGGGUGGAAUUGUUGCAUCUUAUUUGAGUGGAGUCAUUCAUGAAGUGGGUCAUCUGUUGAAAAUUCCACAUACUAAUUCAGGAAUUAUGAGAGAUGGUAAGAAAUUCUAA